CGCCCACUGCCUCCUUGUUUAAAAAUGGAGAAUAAAAUUUUAAAAUGGAUGGUUGAUUAUUUUUGCGUUUCUGUUUUUGUGGAAAUAUGUUCGGUCGCGCAAAAUAACGUAUUGUUUAUAAUCGUAGAUGAUCUAAAGCCGGCUAUAGGCAGUUUUAAAGACAAACUUGCAGUUACCCCAAAUAUCGACAAGCUAGCUUCCAAAAGUUUUGUGUUUGAGAACGCUUUUGUCCAACAAGCUCUAUGUGCCCCAAGCCGAAACUCGUUGCUAACAAGUCGUAGGCCGGACUCAUUACGAUUAUACGACUUCCACAGUUACUGGAGAACAACCGUGGGGAAUUACACAACCCUGCCGCAGCAUUUUAAAGAAAACGGGUAUCAUACCCACUCGAUCGGCAAAGUGUUUCAUCCAGGCAUCACGUCGAACUUCAGCGACGAUUUUCCAUACAGCUGGAGCCAAAGACCGUUCCACCCGAAAAGUGAAAUAUACAAAAACGCAAAAUUGUGCCAAAAUGAGGACGGCUCGCUCGGGGCAAAUUUAAUAUGCCCCGUAAUUGUGAACUUUCAGCCUUUCGGAACUCUGCCCGACAUAGAGUCGCUACAUGAAGCGCUACAUUUUUUGAAAAAAAAGAAUAAUAAAACGAUCCCUUAUUUUUUGGCGGUGGGAUUUCAGAAGCCUCACAUACCAUUUAAAUUUCCAAGAGAAUAUUUAGACCUUUAUCCGCUUGAAAACAUUCCGCUACCGCAAAAUAGAUGGCGGCCUGCCACUCUCCCUGAGGUUGCUUGGAAUCCUUGGGUGGACAUAAGAACAAGAGACGAUAUGAAGGAUUUAAACAUUCCCUUUCCCUAUGGGCCAAUUUCAGACGAUGCUCUGAAAAAAAUAAUUCAGUGUUAUUAUGCGUCGACGUCAUAUAUCGAUUAUUUAAUUGGGCAGUUGUUAGAAGCUGUUGAUAAUAACACUAUUAUUGUGUUUGUAGGAGAUCACGGUUGGUCGCUAGGAGAACAUGGUGAACUUGCAAAGUAUAGCAAUUUUGAAGAAGCUACAAGGGUACCUUUACUGAUACAUGUGCCAAAUUUAACGAAAAAUAAAAAGAAAAUCACGAAACUGGUAGAACUGGUAGACAUUUUUCCAACACUGGUAGAUUUAACACAAAUUUCAAAGCCAUUGUCCUUGUGUCCUGUUGAUAAUGAGUCAACAGCCCUUUGCAGUGAAGGUAGGAGUUUGGCAUCUGCAAUGUGGGGAAACGCAAGUAAAGGCAAGUCGGCGGUUUUCUCUCAAUAUCCACGUCCAGGCCCUUAUCCAGAAUUAAACAGCGAUAAACCAAUACUAAAAAAUAUAUCGAUAAUGGGGUAUUCCAUGACCACAAGGCGAUAUAGGUAUACCGAGUGGGUCGGAUUUAAUACGAGCACGUUUAACAUUUCUUGGAAUAAAUGCUACGGGAAGGAACUUUACGAUCAUUCGAUUGAUCCGGGGGAAAAUAUGAAUUUAGCUGGGCGACCAGAGCUUCACGAAAUCCAGAAAAACUUGAGGAAAAAAUUAAUUUUGGGGUGGAGGCAUGUAUAAAUUAAUGUUUUAAGGCGUAAUUUGUUUAUUAAGAAAAUAAAAAUAGAGUAUCUAAAAAAUAAGUCGCCUUCGUAGUUUUCAAAAAAGACACUCUUAUAUCUCUAGAAAACAUCACUUUUACCUAGACUAAAUUAUUACGCUAGCAUUUUUCAAACAUUUAUUUAUUUGACGUAAAUUACGCUACCGAUUUGUAUAAUGCUCGCCUAACGGGUUCCAAAUAUUGUGCCGAGCGAGUCGAAUGGACCUGGUCAGGCACUAGCGGAGCAGCGGGUCUUGGUUAGUCUAAAAGAGAAACUGUGCAACGCAGAAAUAUAGUCAACGAAUGUAAAUAGAGACGUCAUAUAAUUUAUUAAUAGUGUCUAUAGUGAAUAAUAGUUGUAAAUAGUUGUGACUGUUGUUUUUGGACGAAAUAAAAUUUCACUCUGUUCAGUUUUACGCGAAGUCACUUGUUAGUUA